AUGUCUCAGCCGCCACCUCAUCCAGAGCUAACGCCUCAAUUCUGUUUCAAUACAACCGCUUUAAAAGACUUCCUCCGAAUAUCCCGCGCCUCUAUAGACGACAGCAUAACGCAAAACCUCAAUGCGCUCUUCACCCCCUCGACGGCAGGUUUUGAUCCCUCCUCGACAAGCACCCGCAAUCCAAGGGCCUCGUAUACUAAGCAAAUCCCACGCUCUUCCUGCAACACCUUCAAAACCCAAGCGCUCUUCCCUUCCUGGCAAUCCCGCUCCGAUGUCCUCAACUACUGCGCGUCCGUAGCCACAAGCCCCGACCCAGAAGAUCCGGAAUUCCCAUUGAGGGAAGUAGAGGAUGUGAAGGACAGAGAAAGGAUUGUGGAUGAGCGGUUAGAUCCUUAUUCUGCACGAUUCUUUCCUAGGGAGGCGCGGACGGAGAUGCUGGCAGCUGUUGUAAGGCAGGAACGCGGGGUCGAGAGCAUUGUGCGAGCAAGGAGCUGGAAAGUGGUUGGGGAGAGGUGUGGAGAGGAUUGGAGAGACUGGGAGCAGGCUAUGAAUGAUUGGCAGAAGGCGAAAAGAAGCAAAAGGCCAUUUGCAUGA